AUAAAACUCUACAUUCGUAUCCUUGGUACCAUCGGUACGGCACCAAUGGUACUUUACUGCCUCAAACCCCAGAAAACUAAUCGUGAUAGGGCUGGUCGUAUCCCAAGUUUUAACUUACCUUACUUACCUACUUAGCUAACAAGACCUCUCUAAUCCCCUAUCUCCAAUUUAUAUAAUAAUAACUCUCUUCAUUCCCGCAAUUCCUUGCUUAGACAUCAAAUCGAAGUUCUCGUAAACUUUAAGCUCGAAAAGAGAAAAGAUUAAAAGAUUAAAAAAGAUCGAAUUUGUUUAGUUAUAUUCACGAGGGUUUAUAUCUUUGCUGGCGCCAUGGAUAUGGCUAGCACGAACACUUCUCCCGCUUCUCCCGCCCGAACCAAACAACCCAAGAAGAGAAAUAGUGACGUGCGUAAAGAGCAGAACCGAAUCGCGUCUCGUGCAUAUCGAGAGAAGCGCAAGCAGAAGUUAGCAUUGCUAGACGAGAUACUGAAAUCAGAUUCUCAGACGGAUUCGAUGAGUUCGGUGUCCGAUGAGACAGACGGAUACAAUGGAUCCGGAUCGUGGACAUUUCAAGAUAGACAGGCCUCGGGUAGCCCUAUUCCAGGGGCACUCCAGGUCCCUCCCUCCGUGGCGCAAUGGGCCGCAGCGAGUCCCUCGUUGUCUUCAUCGGUCCCAAAUUACACCCACGACGCGUAUGAGGGUUGGAUGAGUUCGUUUAGCCGACCGGAACAUACCUUUCCUAUCAAUAACGAAUUCGCACAAUCUUUCAUCCCUACGGAAGUCGGAGAUAAUUCUCUCGGGCACUCGGUUCCGUUUAGCAUGCAGUCUCUCACGUCGGCGGCAACUUCAACGCCUUCAGUGCCCUCUAUUCCGUUAGAUCCUUCGCUCGUUACAAACAACUUCGCACCGCAGCACCGCCAUAACCAAUUAGCACAGAACCGAAAUGUCAUUACUUCACCUAAUCCAGUUUAUAACAACGACGAAGCUCAGAGACGAUUGUGGGUCGCCUCUCUUGAAGACGAUGUCUUGACAGAACUUGAGAGGUUCGCUGGAUUUAACCAUGUACAACAACAACAGAUUUUAGCCAUGAUACAGAAGAGAAGAAACUUAGGACAGCAUGGGCCGAGCCAUCGAAGCAGGGAAUUCAGGUAUCAGACCUGUCAAGCUACGCCUCCACCAACAGCACAAUUCGUGAAUACCGACUUUCGGAAAUAUCAAAGCAUGAGACAAGCUUCUGGAUCGCCUAUCCCAAGCGGUCGACGCUAAAUUUGUUUCGUGCUAACUGGCAC